AUGGGAAUAUACGAUUUGCCUAUUAUUGACUCAAAUAGAUUCAAGGAUCACCGAAAAUGGUUACAUCUCUACCGUUGCUACUUAAGGCAUUACAGAACCACGCACGGGUUUGCAGAAAUAUGCUUUGAAUGCGACCUAUGGUUUACCAAUGAAUCGGAGUGGGGGACUCAUUGCCAAGAGCAUCUUGAUAAUCCAGGCGAUUUUCUCCGUUGUGAUCCGAUAGUAUUUCGGAACGCACCCAUAAAGCCAGGGCUAUGUCCGUUUUGUCUGGGUGCUAAGGGAAAGAAACCGGCAAAGAGAAUGUUACAAUUCGUCCUCUCACCACCAAAGUGGCACUCCCAUAUUGAAGAUCAUUUGAAAGAACUCAAACUUGAUUUCGACUGCAAGCAUCCAGCGUGCACCACGCACUUUGAAACCCUAGAGGACCUUACCUAUCAUCUCGUUGACACUCAUUGUCGGCGCCCUAGGCGGCAAUCGCCCAAGAAACGAAAGUGGGCGGACUUAUUUUAA